GGACUGUAACCUGCUACAAUGGAGGACAACAUGGAUGAUUCCCAGAGCCAGAAAGGCUGUAAGGAGUGCUGUGAGCGCUGUGUGGGCAGCCUGCCCUGGGCCUCCCUCAUCGCCACCAUCCUGCUCUACAUGGGCGUGGCCUUGUUCUGCGGCUGCGGCCACGAGGCUCUGAGCGGCACCGUGGGCAUCCUCCAGAACUACUUUGAGCUCAUCAAGAACCCCGCCGAGCUGCUGGACGUCUUCACCAUCAUCGACAUCCUGAAGUACAUCAUCUAUGGCCUGGCAGGGGGGUUCUUCGUGUUCGGGGUGCUGCUGUUGGUGGAGGGAUUCUUCACCACCGGGGCCAUCAGGGACCUGUAUGGGGAGUUCAAGAUCACCGCGUGUGGACGCUGUCUCACCGCCUUCCUGAUGUUCCUGGCCUACCUGUUCUUCCUGGUGUGGAUCGGGGUGACAGCCUUCACCGGCCUGCCUGUCUUCAUGUACUUCAACAUCUGGUCCAUGUGUCAAAACGCAAGCCUGGUGGACGGAGCCAACCUCUGCCUGGACCUGAGACAAUUUGGAGUGGUCUCCAUCUCGGAGGAGAGGAAGGUGUGCACAGGAUCGGAGAAGUUCUUCCGGAUGUGUGAAUCCAACGAGCUGGACCUGACCUUCCAUCUGUUUGUCUGCGCGCUGGCUGGAGCAGGAGCCGCGGCCAUCGCCAUGGUCCACUUCCUCAUGGCGCUGGCGGCUAACUGGGGCUACCUGAAGGACGCCAGCAGGAUGCAGAAGUACGAGGACAUCAAGUCCAAGGAAGAGCAGGAGCUGCACGACAUCCACUCCACACGCUCGAAGGAGCGCCUCAAUGCCUACACAUAA